AUGUUAUCUUCGAUGCUUGUGGCUAACAAAAGUUCUGGCAGAAUUAUUUGUAGACAGCUUUCUGUUUUCCGUCCCAGAUUGUCAGAUCAAAAAUUGAACACUAACGGGCAAACCGAGACAAACUCUAAAGACGUUUUUACAUGGACGGAUUUUUUCCAACUCAGGAAACAUGAACGCAGAAUUAACCUUGGAUCAUCAGUAGUCACGGCUCUAUUAACAAGUAAUGCCUCUUGGGCGUACUUGUCGACCAUGGAAAUCGACCCAAUGCAGACAAUCAUGGGAUUCGAUCCUUUGGUGGUGGUUUCGGCCGGUCUCUUGGCUUCCGGUGCUUUUGGGUAUCUACUAGGUCCUAUCUUUGGCACUACUAUUUUCAAGAUGAGACAGAAAUCCAAUCUUGCCGAUUACAACAAGAAAACAAAAGAGUUCUUGAAGCAUGUCAUUGAGAACCGUGUGGAUUCUUCUUCUCAAAGUUUCAGCAACCCGGUGCCCGACUACUACGGUGAGAAAAUAGGGUCUGUGGGUGAAUACAGACAAUGGCUCAGAGACUGCCAUGCAUUCCGGAGAAAGGCCAGAGAAUUUCUUUAG